AUGCAAUUCAUGCAGACUCUCUUGUGAUUCUUUUUAAGAUUUUUGUGAUAAAUCGUCCGAUUGACCGACGCAAUACAUGUACACUCUAUGUAUGCGCGAGCAACGGAUUUGAAUAAUAGCUAUGAAAUGUCAAAGACCAUCUUCUUAACCUCAUGAUUAUCAUAUACCAUAACCAUCAUCAUCACCAUACCCUUUCACCUUGUGUUACCUUGAAAGCAACAAACAAUCACCGAUGAUGUCCACAUUUUAUCCUGCACAGAGAAAAGGAUCGAUAAUACGACUUGUAGUACUAUCAUUCCUUUGUUUGGCUUUUGUCUUACCUUCCAUUCAUGCCACACCUUUGUCGCAAUCGCAAUCACAAUCACCCAUCACCGAAAGAUGGCUAUCGAAAAGGGAAGAAAGGAAGAAUUACACAGACCCUAAUGAUGUAGGAGGGCAAAUGUUAACAAUUCUACCAAAUCUGCCCGGCUUAGGAGAACCAUUAAAUGCAAUCGUUUCAGGUUUAUCCGAUGAAUCCGUUUUAACAUAUGAAGGAUUUCUACUAUGGGUAACAUCUGUAAAUUUUGGAGUUUCUUGUUUAGGUCAAGCGAACGGAUCAAAUCAAUAUGCAAACCUUGGAGACGGUAAUCAAACACAAGGAACAGGAAAUGGUGAUAAUGGAGUGUUGAGAUGGAAUUAUGGUAUGCCUUAUAUUGGAACGUGCAAAGAAACUUUUAUGGGCGGAAAUCAUUUUAGAUGGUUCAAACAAGAAUCUACCGGUGCUUUCUUUCUUGCAACCAGUGUUGAGCUAAACCUUGACAAUCAUCAUAUGAUCGCUUUGAACGGAUACAAUAAUGGACGAGAUGAACUUGUCGGCAAUGCUACCGUCUCAAAUGGAACACAAUGGGAAGGAAACGUGUAUAAUACAACGGUAGAAUGGAUCGAAGCAGGAGUUUUGUUGAAUGCAACAAGUCAAGGAGUCAAUCAUCCAACCGUUGCACUUCCCAAUUCAACAACGAUUGACGGACGUGUGGCUUUGCUAACGGUUAGACAAUUGAAAUUAGGUACAAAUGGUGGAGGUUUAUCAGGAUUGUUGAAUGCUCCAUCUAAAUCGACAUUCCCCUUUUCUACUACCAUCUUAACAAAUUCGCAAUGUCAAAUGUCAGCACUAGAACGAUCAAUUCGUGAUAUCGUUCGCGGCGAUGAGAGUGAUGGAGAAUUAGACAAGAUCGUAGCGGAUUUGAUUGUUCGGGAAGCACAGGAGAAGAAUCGAGUAGCGAGGAAUGGAGGCAGUGCUGCUCCUGCCGGAUCUGGAUCGGGAUCAUCGACUAGAAGAUCACUUAAUACCCGCUUUUUGGAUGGAAUCGUUCAGGGUGUGGAGAGGCAUAAUCGACAUUUGAAGGAUGAGGAGAAGAGGAGUGCGGUUCUUGCUGCGAGAGACAAACCGGAAGCGGGGAAAGAGCGUGAUCGAAGAGGGCGUAGAGAAGGGAAAAUGCAUGGCUGGGAAGAUAACAUGAGCGAAAGUCCGCAUAGAUCAGGUACUUCAUCUUCCUCCCAUCACAAUGACAUGGCCCAACAUUCAAAGCGUUCUAGGCAUGAUGAAUCAAGAUCGAAAAGCCAGAGACAAGAUUCAAAACGUGAAGAAAGACAUUCACACAGAAGAAGAGAGGGUAAAAGAGACAGAACACCUGAUCCCGAAUCCAAGAUGGACAAAUAUUUCAGAUCCGAUUAUGAUCCAGCACUUGAUGUUGAUGCAAAGGUGAAUGUGAACCAAGAUAAUCUCGUUGAGGAUGAAGGUUGGGAACGAGCGAUGAGCGUGAUACUAGAACGAAAAAGAGAGAAAGAAGAACGUAGAGAGACUCGCAGGAUUGAAAGAGAGCGUAAGAGAUCAAAAAAUUAUGACAAGAAGAGACACAGAGAAAGUGAAGACGAGAUCAGCCACUCAAGACAGAAAGGAGGGAAAGAUUAUAGCAGCGAAUCAAGAAAUCCAAUCUUGGAUACACAGUAUACUUCAAAAGGGUCAAUACGAGAAUGGGACAGAGGGAAGAAGUGAGAUGCUAGAUAGAGUGAUGUAUGUACUUGUAUUGCUGUAAUUUCUAUUUGAUCAUAUGUUGUGUG